GAGAUAUACGACAAAAAAGAGGGAAGCCAAAAAGCCUAGAUCCUUGCCCGUACUAUACAAAAAAGAACAGCAUAAAGUCUUGGCCGACUUGAGAUUUCUCAGGAACCGCCCGGCAAUCCAAAUGUUUCGUGCCUCCGCCGUUGUCUCGUAUGUAUGGCAAACGCACCACGCGCCCGCCGAUUUUGCCCCCCUGUUUCGUUCUCUCACUCGGGAAAAGCGCAGACCGCACGCAGUAGGCAACGAUGUUGGCGUCCGGCGGGGCUCUGGGGAAAUCGGGGGACACCCGGCCGAUGUCAACGAUGUGCCGGCCGGGCGAAUCCUACAAAGGCGAUCGUAUACACCGUCGGCGUCGGCUUCGUUCUUGUUCGGUUUCGGAAUGUGGGGUCUCUCUCACUCUCUAGCAGGUCCGUUCUCCUCGUCCACGGGUUCUAGCUGUUGCUGCAGCAUUUCACCUUUUACCCGUGCUUCCUCCCAAUCCUUCAUCCUUCUUUUGCCACUUGGGUCGAGUCAGUCGCGACAUGUCAUCAUCAGAACUCUGCAGUACGUCCAAAACCAUGGCUUGCUUUCCGACGGGAUGAGAAUUAAGCCCCCCCCUCCCAAGGGGUUUUUAAUCAAUGAUGUCGCCGGCGGCCGAACCGGCGAUUGGAAAUUUCGGAAAGGAUUCCGCCAAGGUUCACGGCCUCGGCCGCCCGCCGCUCGAUUCUUCAUGGCGUCUAAAGUCUGCACAAUGCUCGGACGUCUCUGUAGAAGGGGGAGGCAGGCACUAGCUAGCUGUCGUCCAACGUCGCAAGGCAGAUAAUUCGGCAACAUGGUGCGGCACGACGUUCGAGAUAGUCUUGACAAGUUGACACGACCAGAGCGAUGUGGUAGAAACGUAGUCUACGGA